AUGGCACUAUCAGGCUUCCUGUUCCUGUCAUGGCGGAUCUUCCAGAUCAUCACUCUCAUCCCCAUUGUGGGUAUGUUGGCAUGGUUCGUCAAUGGCUUCGUCGACAACAACCAAUUGACACCCAACUACAUUCUGGUUCUCUUCAUCGUCUCCGUACUGGCACUGGCAUGGGCGUUCUUCACGACGAUUAGUUAUCUUCGCGCGAGACACGACGCCAUCUUUGUCGCACUCGUCGAUCUGGGCUUCGUGGGUGCAUUGAUUGCCGGCGUGGUCGUGAUGCGCUUCAUUGCAGGAGCCGACUGCUCGGACUUUGAGGCUCGGAUCAAUAUCGAUGGAAUUGACGGCAACUCGUCAUGGAAUUUCCAUGUGAACAAGGUGUGCGCAAUGCUGAAGGCGAGUUUCGCAUUGGGUAUAAUCAACAUUCUGGCCUUCUUCGUCACAUUCCUCCUCGCACUACUCGUCCACAGACAUCACCGAGACGAUGAUCGCGUCGUCGUCAAGCGGGAGUACCACUCUUCACGGCACGGCCACCGAAGAUCAGGCAGCCGAGCACGCAGCCGUGAUUACGAUUACAGACCAGCAAGCAGCGGCCGACGGAGUACACAUCGCUCAAGCAGUAGACGCCAGUACUAUGUCUAG